GUGACUUCACAGUCGAAAAAACAACUAAAACAAUUGAAUUACACUAAUAAUUGAGGUUAACUCGAUCUUAACGUAACGAAUCAAUUAGCCUCACGUUUAAAAAAGAAAUUGGAACUUAAUCGUCAUUUUAAAAUGAAUCAGUCUUUUGGAAGAGCCUACAGCUUCAAAGAAAAACAGUACAAAAUGGCAAACUGUGGGCAACGCCACAGCUUUUAAGACCAGGUAUGGGGGAAAUGGUGUAGCUGGGUGACUUCGUGGUGCCCUAAAAAAACGUGACGCUGAUUGCACCAAUAACCAAGCGGUCGCACAGAAGAAAAAAGAGACUCUCCUGUCAGAGAAAGUAACCCAGAUGAUGGAGUGGACCUCCAGGCGUUCCGUCAUUCGAAUGAAUGGCGAUAAAUUUCGUCGCUUUGUAAAGGCUCCUCCCAGAAACUACUCAGUUGUCAUCAUGUUUACAGCAUUGCAGCCACAAAGGCAGUGCACAGUCUGUAGACAAGCAGAUGAAGAGUUUCAGGUACUCGCUAAUUCCUGGCGUUAUUCCUCUGCCUUCACAAACAAGGUCUUCUUUGCAUCUGUUGAUUUUGAUGAAGGAUCAGAUGUCUUUCAGAUGCUUAAUAUGAACUCUGCCCCAACAUUUCUCCAUUUUCCUGCCAAAGGGAAACCUCGUAAGUCUGAUACCUAUGAGCUCCAGGUCAAAGGCUUUGCAGCUGAGCAGCUGGCAAGGUGGGUGGCAGACCGGACUAAUGUGCAGAUAAGAGUCAUUCGUCCUCCAAACUACGCUGGGCCUCUUCUUCUUGGCUUUCUCCUGGCUGUUAUUGGUGGACUGGCAUAUCUACGAAGAAAUAAUUUGGAAUUUCUCUUUAAUAACAAAGUCUGGGCCAUCUCAGCACUGUGCUUUGUCCUGAUCAUGACCUCUGGCCAGAUGUGGAAUCACAUCAGAGGACCACCAUAUGCACACAAGAACCCUAACACUGGCCAAAUUAGUUAUAUCCACGGCAGUAGUCAAGCCCAAUUUGUGGCUGAGACACAUAUCGUCCUCCUCUUCAAUGCUGCAGUUACCAUGGGGAUAGUGCUGUUGUGUGAGGCUGCGACCUCUGAUGUAGACAUUGGGAAGAGGAAGAUUAUGUGUGUUGCAGGUAUUGCUCUGGUAGUGUUGUUCUUCAGCUGGCUGCUGUCUAUUUUCAGAGCAAAGUAUCAUGGAUACCCAUAUAGAUCACAAUAUCAUCUGUGAACAUCAUGGUCCGAGGGAAUUCCAGUCUAACCUCGUCUGUCAGCCUAUCCAUUACGACUGCAAAUAGGAAGGGGCUCAGUGCGGAACCCUGAUGCAGUCCCACCUCUACCUUAAAUUCUUCUGACACACCAACGGCACAUCUCUCCGCUUUUCUGGUGCCCUCAUACAUGUCCUGUACUAUUCUAACAUAUUUCUCCGCCACACCAGACUUGCGCAUGCAGUACCACACUUCCUCUCUUGGUACUCUGUCAUAGACUUUCUCUAGGUCUACCAAGAUAUAAUGUAGCUCCUUCUGACCUUCUCUGUACUUUUCCACUAACAUCCGCAAGGCAAAUAGUGCAUCUGUGGUACUCUUUCUAGUCAUGAAACCAUACUGUUGCUCGCAGAUACUUACUUCUGUCCUGAGUCUAGCCUCCACUACUCUUUCCCAUAACUUCAUUGUGAGGCUCAUCAUCUUUAUUCCUCUGUAGUUUCCACAGUUCUGAACAUCGCCUUUGUUCUUAAAGAUGGGGACUAGCACACUUUUCCUUCAUUUGUCUGGCAUCUUCUCUCCCGCUAGUAUUCUAUUGAAUAAAUUGGUCAAAAACUUUUUUUAAAAUACACAAUUCACAUGUUACCUAAUCUAUGUUAAAGUUAAGGUCAAAAGGUUCGAGCCAUAUUUAGAUGAUAUACGCAUUACGGCCAAACCGCCUCCCCGUCCGAUCCACUUCUGCAGCGGAGAUGAGUGACCACGACCCGGCGCCACGACGAGCCAGCCCAGCCGACAAGGCCAGCGGCCGGCUCGGCCUUGUCGACAAGGCCGGUAGUGAUUCACAAGGCCUGCGGAGGCUGUCCUCCAUACAGUAUUCAGAUUACUUCUCCACUAACAACAGACUCCCCAACAGAUGGAUGAUGAGGAACCCGAUCAAAUAUUCAAAAUGACUGGCCCAAUUCAUAGCCCUUUUACAAGUCAUGUGCCCAGACACCGGUGGGGUGGGGGGGGGGGCUUUUUUCUCCCCGCACGUGGCUGCCCACCUACCCAUGACCCGCCUCCGUGUCGGGGGAAACGUUUUCAGCAACAGCCCAGAAACCUGGCUGAAGAUGUGUGUGGAGGAAUGACCCAUAAUCCCUCCUGCAGCGUGUGUAAACCUGAUAAAAACUACAGGAAAUGUUAAGCCUUGGUAAUUGCAAAUAAAGGUUACUGUACCAAAUAUUAACAAUGAUUUUCAUAGGUGUUCAAAUACUUAUUUUCAUCAGUAACUUAAUACAUUAUUUUAAAAAAAAUCAUACACUGUAGAUAGUGUCUCACAGUGGACCUUCACCUAAGAUGAAAAUUCCAGACCCCUCCAUGAUUUCAAAGUGGGAAAAUUUGCAAGAUCACAGGUUGUUAAAAAUACUUGUUUUCCACACUGUGUAUUUCUUUGUCUUAUCUUUGUCUAUUUACAUGUGUUUGUCUUAGAGUGGGGAAACUGCAGAUAAAAAACUGAAGUGGGCCAAUACUUUUUCAUGGCACUGUACUUUUUACCUUCUUCAAAUGAAAGAUGAAAGGUUCAUGGAUUAAUCAGUACACUAAAAAUCUCUCUGCUUUCU